GCCUGAGAGCAGGAGCGCCUGUGACAGUGGAGUGCAUUGAUUCAUGCUGUUGUGGAGUCUCGUUUCUGGUUUUGGGAAACAAUUAAUGCGACCAGACAAGAGCGCAUGAAGGUGGAGAAGAUGAACGUGGAGGCUCUAAGCCGAGCAGAGCUGCUGACUCUCCUCAGUAUCCUGGAGGGAGAACUGGAGGCCCAGGAUGUCGUCAUACACACCCUCAGAGCCCAACACCGAGAUGAGUUUGUCCAAGACCGCUAUGGGCAGUAUGACCUCAGCGAUCCAUUCCUGGCUCUACAGCGGGACGAAGAAGCCGCAGAGCGCCAGACCGCAAUCAGGCAACCCCAAGCACAUCCGCAUGGCCGGGCGGUGGGCCCAAACCCUCUGGCUGUGCUGAAACUGGUCAUGACUCACUGUAAGAGGAUGCAGGAGAGGAUGAUGGGACAGUUGGCUGCUGCCGAGAGCAGACACAGGAGGAUGAUCACCGCUCUGGAGGAGGAGAAACAGCGGUGUGUCCAGGAAUCUGCUCGGCGUGCCGACUAUGUCUUUGUUCUUGAGACAGAAAGAGAUAAGCUGCUGCAACAGCUGGAGGUGGAGCAUGCGACGGUGCAGAGGUUGGAGAAGGAACAGGCACAAGUGGUGAGCAAGGUGGAGGAGUCGCUGUCCCAGGAGCAGCAGCUCUCCUCCAGUCUGACGCUGGAGCUCCAGAAGGCCAGCAGCCAAGCUCAGGAGGAGGCGCAGAGGGUCUCUCAGCUCCACAUGCUGCUACAGGAAGAGACCUGCGCCCUCGAGAAGCUCCAGCAAGUUCUUGAGUACGAGAAGAACAGGGUGGUCCAGCUGGAGGUCAAGUCAGAGAGGCAGACAGCUGAGUUUGAUGCUGAAAGAGAGCAGCUAAAAGCCAGACUAGAGGCAGAAGAGGAAAAGGGCAGAGAGCUUGAAAAACAAGUGAAAGAACUUAGAAAAAGGUUGGCUGAGCCUCAGGAAAGUAAAACAGAGGUAAAGGAGGCUGCGACCGAGGUGAAGGAGUCACAGGGCAAGAUGGUGUCCAGUUUUGUUCAGACUGAGCCGGAUGGAAAGAUUACUCCAAAAUCCUCUACUGUGCCAAAGGUCAAUGGCCUUCAGUCUCAUAAAGAGACAGAACCAUUAACACAUGAAGUGAAAGGAGCAGAAAACGGAGUGGAUAAUGGAGGUGGAACCCUUCUCCAUUCCCCUAUUCACCCCUUUCCUCAUCCUCACUCUCCCUCCAGCACGGCCUCCUCUUCCCUCUCCUCCUCCCCCAUUUCCUCUCCAGUUCUAGCGAAGCGUCUGGGCAGCCCGGGCUUCCUUCAGUCCUACCAGGCUGGAGUCAAUCAGAGAUUUCAGGCCGCCAGACACAAGUUCCAGAGUCAGGCCGAGCUCGAUCAGCAGCAGCACGGUGGGCCUCUUUCCCCCAGGGACCUCUCUCCGACCACUGCAUCCACCCCUCCUCCGCCAGAGCACAGCCCGGCUAAGCAGCUGGCCCGCAGCACAGUCACUCAGGUGCUGUCCCGCUUCACCAGCCAACAGGCCGGAGUGAAGUCCGCGCCAAUUAACAACUCACCAUUUGGCACAGACUACCGCAAUCUGGCCGCGUCUCCAACGGGGGGGAGGUCGCCUUCUUCAGGGCCAUUAUCUCCGUGCUUUCGCUCUCCUCUCACUCCUCGUUCAGAGAAGACCCAUCCUCCUCCAAUUCCACCUAAAAGGCCCGGCAUGAGUCCAACUCCAGGUUCCCCAAAUCACUCUCCUCGGACCAGCCUCUUCCCAGAGCUUACGGGGAACUGUGGGCACAGCAGCAGUGGGCAGGAGGGAGCCAAGGAAUCAGACCUGGUCUUAUCCUAGUGCCUAAUCUUCCAGACCGUGCAAGCUAAUUGUUGAAGAAAUCAGCUACUUCAGUUUCUGAUGUUUAAGACAUUGAAUAUUGGCAUUGAAAAUUAAAACGCCUUGUAAAAAAAAUGUUCAUACCCUUUAAACUUUUUUCACAUUGUGUCUCAUUAUAGCUUCAACCGUCGAUGUGUUGUAGGUUGGAGCCAUAAUGCGAGAUAGGCUAGUGCAAAGUAGCAUUAGUGUACUGAUCCUCUGAGUAAAUAGUUUUCACAGCCACCAUUUUCUGACCUGUCUGCUGCGUUCCUCGGUCUUGGUGAUGCGGUUUGUUCGGUAAUAUUCUAUAACAAACAUCUGGGACUCAUUUAUUACCCAGAGGAAUUCAGUUUACUAAUCAGCAGAAUUAAGACAAAUGGUUGCACUAGAUUUUAUUUAGGGGUAUCGCAGUAAAAGGGGGUGAAUGCAUUAUAAAACCCACACAUUUUUAUAUUUUCUUUGUAAAACAUAAAGUGUGAACCAUGUGGUGUUUUGUCCGCUACACAAAACCAAUGCAAAGUGAUAGACUUUGCAUUGGUCUAUCACUUGAAAUCUCAAUGCAAUACAUAAAGGUUUGUGGUUAUAAAGUGGAAAACAUUAAAAAGUUUGAAGUAUGAACGUAUUUUCAAGGUGGUGUAUACUGGAUGCAUUGUUUGUUCCUACCUCAAAAGCACAACAUGAGAAAUAAUUGGUAAAAAAUUAUUUAAAAGAGAUUACAAAUUCCUUUAUUGAAGUUAGUUUUUAUACAUAAUGCUAUCAUUAUGUAUUUACCCUAAAUGUCAAAUUUCUGAAUUCUAACUAUGAGUUUGAGCAUCAACCAUCAGUUAAAAACCAAGCUUAAAUUCUGACAAAUCAAACGGACUGGGGUUGAGCUGAGCUAGUGAUUUGCUUGUUUUCACUUAUGGAUUUACUCGUCAAACCUUUGCAACUCAAACGACGAGUUUAUCCAGAAGCGAAGCCAAAAUAAAGAGGAUUUCUCAAAUGUACGGCUAGUAGAGCAUGUAGCUAUUACAAUUUUACAAAGACAAAAAAAGGUUUUUAAAUGCUUUUAUUGUGAGUCCCUAUGCAAUUUUUAUGGAGAUGGACCACAUGUUUUUUGUUUUUUUUAUUGUAAAUAUGUCAAGAAAUCUUUUCCUAUGAAUGAACAUUUGAUGCAUGUGUUGUUUGUUUUUACUUGUCAUGAAAACACUGAGACUUGUCUUGAAAAAGGGAGAGCACAUUUUGCACUGCAUCGACUUCACAUCAGCACAAAUUUUAUGAACACAGCAUAUCCAGGGAAUGUUGAAUUCUGCUCUACACAAGCUGAAAAUGUUGCUUCAUUAUGCCACGCAGUAAAUAUUUUAGAUGUUCAUACUUUGAUACACAAUUGUGACAAUUUAUACUGUAUAUGUAUGUGUGUCAAUUUUAUAUAGAACUGUGUCUUGUAGAAGAACUACACACAAGAUUAUUUUAUUUUUAUUGGUCUACCACUUUAUUUUUUAACAUGUUUUUACUUUGAAAGAUGUAAUCAACUUAAUCACAUUAGAUUUGCCCAUUUAUUUAAAGUCAAAUGUGUACAACCUGUCUCGGGUUCUGUUCUUUUAUCACUAGUAAAUGCUCAUAUCAUUAACACCCUAAGUAUGCAGUGCUUUAAAUAAAUUGUCCAUUCCUUCAAGUUA